AUGACUAUAGUCUCAAAUGAUUCCAGUUGGUGGCCGCUGGUCACUUGGUCACUUGUUUUCAGUUAUUGGGCGGUUGCCGCUGGCAUCGUAGUGGUAUAUGAUUGGGUACUAACACUUGGACAAGAAAUUGAACUGAUCUGGAGGCAACGUUGGUCUCUUAUGACGGUGAUGUAUCUGGUUACACGUUAUAUUGGAAUACCAUAUUGUGUUGCCAAUGUUCUGACACACAGUACAUAUGCCAUCGGUCUCGCUGACAGAUACAGGGUGAGUGGGAUUUUGAACAUUGAAUGUGGCUCAACACAAUCAUUCAAUAGGUGCAAUAUUGUGAACUAUGCAUUAGUGGGGAUAACUGCGGUUGUAGCUGCCUUGUUGGGCGUCAUCAUGAUUGUUCGGUUACAUGCCAUGUAUCAGAGAUCUAGAAUGAUGCUUAUAUUUCUUAUUAUUAUCUUCCUGGCUGUCGUCAUCACCUAUGGAGUAAUAGAGCUCAUUGGACAAACACCAGAGGAGCUGAUAUUCUCUGGCACAUACAUGUGCGAUUACGGAUCUGAGAGGGGAGACCAGCUUAUGAACCCAAUGAUCUGGGUGCCCAUCUCCUUUUGGGAGGUUCUCGUACUGUGUCUUUUAGUCUGGAUUGCUGUAAAACACUUCCGUGACCUGCGACGACUCGCCCCAUCGACAGGAUCGACCAUCAGGGACUGUUUCAGAGUGCUGAUAAAAUCUCACGUGUUUUAUUUUGCAAGCUUUGUCUGUGUCUCCUGCCUCCAGCUUGGUUAUAUCUCUCCAAAGCUCUCGAAUUCACAUUCUACGGGAGCUCUGAUACUCAAUGGUGUUUCUAAGAUUUUCUUGGGCGUGCAUAUCUUUGUGCUGGGGCCGCGCCUCAUUCUCAGCGUUAGAGAAUACCACGCCAAGAUCGUGGCCGACUCUGAUGCAACAACAAGCAUGACUUCGAUUGUCUUUCAGGAGCAUGUACAUGUGUCAACUAGCAGUACUGUAUGA